GGGUGCACAUUAACAAAAACUCAUAUAAGAUAGAUUGAACUAGGAACAUAUACCGGUCUAAGAAGCAUCCUACAAAAACCGGAGGUCAUAUUUAACCGGGUGAAAACCGGUAGAUUUUCUGAACCGGUCCCGGUUUUGGCUUUUCAUUUGUUCUUCAUUCUUCAAAAACUAAAAACUCGUCUCCUCUCUCACUCUCCGUCGUGCGAUUGCCACCGUCACGCCCUUCCCGGCCGGCCAAGCCACACCCUUUCAGUGCUCCCUUGACCCCGUACGUACGUCCUCCCACGCCACUCCCGAUCUGCUUCAUACGUUCAGUGAGAGAGGCGUGUUGUUGGUCUGGAAAAUUAAAAGCUCGCUGUGAAACGCUGUGGAGUUGGUUGGUCGCUCUAGGAACUAAAGCCGCCAUAAAAAAUCUUGUGGCGUUGAUGUAUGUGUAGCUCCAAGUUAAAAUCUUGAAACUGUCUCUGAUGGAAAACGGCAAUGGCUGCUGCUUCUCUAGUGUAUCUUCAAUUGCUACCCUUUCAAGUGUCGCUGUUGUUGUCAUCUUGAUCUUGAUUCGUGUCCUUCAUGUUAUAUAUUGUAGUGGUAGGCCGUUGAGCAAAAGAGCUUCAAAACCUGUUAGUACCCUUAUUAUUCUAGGAUCAGGUGGUCAUACGGCUGAGAUGCUUAAUCUAUUAGCAGUGUUACAGAAAGAUAGGUUUAAUCCGAGAUACUACAUUGCUGCUGCUACUGAUAAUAUGAGUCUUCAAAAAGCUAUGAUGUUGGAGAACUCUCUGGCAUCUGAGAGUGGAAUAAAAGUUGCUGAUACUGCACAGUUUAUGAAGAUUUAUCGAAGUAGGGAAGUGGGUCAAUCAUAUAUAACCUCGGUUUGGACUACUUUAAUUGCAACGGUGCAUGCGCUAUGGUUGAUGAUUAAAAUUAGACCUGAAGUGAUACUUUGCAAUGGACCUGGAACUUGCAUUCCCCUUUGUGUUAUUGCAUUUAUAUUUAAGGUAUUGGGAAUCAGAUGGUCAUCAAUUUUCUAUGUCGAGAGUAUUGCAAGAGUGCGAAGGCUCUCCUUGAGUGGCUUGCUCUUAUACAAGUUGUGGAUGGCUGAUCAACUUUUUGUUCAAUGGCCACAGUUGCAACAACAAUAUCCCCGAGCUACGUAUGUUGGCAGACUCAUGUGAUCAUCGAUAAAUUUGUAUACUGCAAUCAACAAAUUUCAAAUUUUGCUUAUGAUAUUUCUAUAAAGCAAGCUAUUCAGUGCUUUGUUUAAUUGGUUAAGUUCAUGCAAGUGAACUUUUUAGUCUUUUUACAUUUUCAAUUUUAUUCUUCUUCUUUCUGAUACUUGUAAGCACAACAACUUUUAACAUUUACAAGAUUUUCUUUAACUAUAGAAAAGAGAGGUGUGCUGUGUUGUAUA